CCAACUUGCAAUCUGUCAAAAAAUGUCAGCCAACAAGGAAAGUAGCCUCGUUCAGGGCUACAUUGAAUUAAAUAAAUUUUGUCAAAGCGGAGAUUAUGAAAGAGCAUUAAAAUCUGCGGGGAAAAUCUUGCAGAUAUCCCCAACGGAGCAAAAGGCGUUCCACUGCAAGAUAAUCUGCUUCAUUCAGCUCCACAACUUCAAGGAGGCAUUGGCAGUUCUUAACAACCCUAAGAAUGCUGCUCUUGCUGCGGACUUGCACUUUGAGAAGGCUUACACACAGUAUCGUCUCAAUUGCCCCAAGGAUGCUUUACAGACUGUGGAUAAUGCUCCCGAGCUGACACUCGCCUUGAAAGAACUAAGGGCUCAAAUAUUAUACCGUUUAGAACAGUACCAAGACUGCUACAACCUGUACCGUGAUAUUGUGAAGAACACCACCGAUGAUUAUGAAGAUGAAAGGAAAGCCAAUAUGUCUGCUGUUGUGGCUAACCUGGCCGCAUUGAACCCCAAUGCAGAGUUGCCUCAAUUUGAAGAGAAUACAUAUGAGCUGCAAUACAAUGCGGGUAGCACACUUGUAAUGCGCGGUAAGUUUACUGAGGCAUUGCCGGUGCUGAAGCGUGCGGAGCAAACAUGUAUGGAAAGUGUGCUAGAGGAUGGCGGCACUGAGGAUGAGGCUAGAGAAGAGGCCGCUAUUAUCAGGGUGCAGCAGGGGUACAGCUUGCAGUGCGCGGGCCGCGAUAAGGAGGCUGCGGCGCUGUACCAGGCCGUGUUGCGCGCGCGCCCCGCCGACCAGGCGCUCGUCGCCGUCGCCAGCAACAACCUCGUUGUUAUAAACAGGGAUAGCAACGUGUUCGACUCCCGCAAGCGCAUGAAGGCGGCGACAGCCGACGGCCUCGAGCACAAACUGACCUCGCGACAGCGCGCCGUCAUCGUAUACAACCAGGCCAUACUGGCCAUAUACUCCAACCAGCCGGAGUUCUGCAAGCAGUGCUGCGUGAAGCUGUCCCGCGAGCUGGGGCAGGAGGCGCGCGCGGCGCUGGUGGAGGCGGCCUCGCUGGCGCGCGACGGCCGCCGCGACGCCGCGCUGGCCCUGCUCGCGCGCCGCCCGCACCACGCGCUGCCCGCCGCGCAGAUACUGCUCGCACAGGGCGACAGGAAGGCGGCCAUCAAGGUGCUGGAGGAGAGCGAGGUGCGCUACCGGCCGGGGGUGGUGGGCGCCCUCGCCACCCUGCUGGCGGCGGACGGGGACCACCACCGCGUCUCGCAGAUGUUCCUACAUGUUUACAAUCACUAUAAGGAUGAUUUGGUGUCGCCCGCGCUGCGCGAGGGAACAAUCGACAUCGAAGCUCUGGAAUCAUCUAAAUGGAUGAUGGGAGCCAAGGUCGUAAAGAAAACGGUUCAAAGCAAACAGGAACAAUCGCCAGGAACUCCCGGUUCCGAGCUGGGAGUGACCAAGAAACAGAAAAGGAAACGCAAGAGCAAGCUGCCUCCCAACGCUGACCUCUCCAAACCUCCGGAUCCAGAAAGAUGGCUGCCGAAGUACGAGCGCGCGGCGUACCGCAAGCGGCGCGGCGUGCGGCGUGACGUCAUCAAGGGCAGCCAGGGCAUGACCACCGCCGCCGUCGACCAGUACGACAUGAGCAAGCAGCCGGUGAGCGCGUCCCCGGCGGGCGCGGGGGGCGCAGGGGGCGCGGCGGGCGCAGGGGGUGCUGGGGGCGCGGCGGUCAAGAGCCCGCGGCCCGCCGACAGCGGCUGGCAGCGCAAGCAGCAGCACAAGAAGAAGGGCAAGGGCCGCAAAUAGUCACAGGUGGAAGGAAAAAGUCCAUUACCUGCACUUUCUUGGCAAUCUUCUUCUGUUCCCUGAGCUGGCGCACCUUC